GUCAGUAGCGUCGCGAGCGCCGCCGAGAGGAGCCGCUGCUGCCGCUCCCUCAGUGUUCGGUAUGCCGGCCCCGGGAGGAGCUGCCCGCGCCGUCCUGUCCGCUUAGCGGGCUGGGCGGAGACCAGAUACUGACGAACCCGAGCCUUGCUCGGCUGCACCGUCCUUCCUGCGCGCAUGCGGGGGCGGCACCGGCCCGGACUUGGAGCCGCUGCCCCCGCCGGACUAAAAAAAGAGCUCGGCCGAGAAGCGGCUCCCGCUCCCACGUAUCUGCGGUGGAGGGUCCAGAGUGGGCCCUGCUUCAGGUUGAAGGCGAUAGCGACGGCUCUGCGGGCCAGAAGGCAUGUGGGUGAAAUCGACCUGCCAGUCCUGUCCGGGGAUGGUUCCUCUCAUCUGGUGGAGGGCCAUCCGGAUCUUCAGAGCACCUUGAGACGAGAUGCGAUGACAAGUAGUGCAGCCUUGGUGUACCUCAUCUGUGGCCUUGCAGAAACCAUAAGGGGCAAAUACGGGGGAGAGAAACCGGACCCAGGAGUCUGGGCUGAAACUUUGGGAUGACUUGGAGCCCAAUCCACCAGGAGGAAAAUGCUUCCCGUGUGGGGUCCUGACACCUGCAGAGGGGGCUUUGCCAUGAUUUCUUCUGGAUGUUUCUGCAAGGAAUUCAGGAUUGUUUCUGUAGAGAAAUCCCGAUUCAGCAUCAUAUUCACAGUCAUAAAAUUCAUAUCAAGAAAUGGGACCAGCCAGUCUUCCCUGCAACCUGAGGCAAAGAGAAAAAAGUCACACCCUAGAGAGAGAAAUCAGAAGUCAACAAGCUGUUCUGAAGCAUCAGGAUGAUCCUUGCCGACAUGGUAACUCGCCUCAGCGAAGAGUUGAGGAAAGGAAAAACAGAGAAAAACACUUAUGACUUGUCCAAACUACCAACUUGUGGUUCCGUUAAGACACCGAAAAGAGAGGAGGCUGAGAUGAUCCUCACUGAUAUGCAUACUCGCCUCAGCGAAGCGUUGAGAAAAAAGAAAACAGAGGAAAACACUUGUGACUGGGCCAAACUACCAACUUUUAGUUCCGUUAAGACAACGAAACGAGAACACUCUAAGGACCUGACUCUUUGCGGUAAGAACCUUAAUGAAAUAGAAACUCAUCUCAGCAAAGAGCAGAGAAAAAGAAAAAGGGAGGAAAACACUUCUGGUAACUCGUCAGAACCAAGUUUUACUUGUGUUAAGAAAGCAAAACGAGAUGACUGUAAGGACCUGUGCAGUAUGAUCCUUACUGAAAUAGAAAAUCAUGAGGAUGCAUGGCCUUUUCGUCUUCCUGUAAACUUGAACUUUGUUCCUGGUUAUACCAAAGUUAUUAAGAAGCCUAUGGAUUUUUCCACAAUUAGAGAGAAAUUAAUUAGUGGACAGUAUCCAAACCUGGAAGCCUUUGCUGUCGAUGUCAGGCUUGUUUUUGACAACUGUGAAGCAUUUAAUCAAGACGAUUCUGAUACAGGCAGAGCAGGCCACAGUAUGAGGAAGUAUUUUGAGAAAAAGUGGACAGAUACUCUCAAAGUGAGCCAAAGCUACAAUAAUCUCUUUUUUCCUUUUCAAUAAGGGCGAAUAAGACCAGCAAUGUCAACUAUAUUUUACAUAAAUGUGCAAGGCACACACAUAAUGACUUUUUAUCUUAGUAAAAGUAUCACACACAAAAACAGUAUCAGAAGAAUGAUACCAUUUUUAAAGGCUUCACUCCUACAACAACCAAGGCCCUUGGUUAUUGGUUUGUGUGAUUUAUCAGCUAAUUUAGGUAGAACAGGGAAGCACACCCAAAGAAUUUUCAAAGGUAAGGGUGUUACAGAGUAACAGCAAUUAAAAUAUAUCAAAUCGCACUGAAUAUUCAACACCAGAGCUUUAAUGUGGGAGAUGGUUCUCCUUUCCCUCUCAAUAAAUAUCUACUUUUCCUUUUU